CGUCACUACUCUCUCUCUCUCUACUCCUUUUUAUGCUGCUGACUGUCCCCUCUCUUUUCCUCUUUCUUUUUUCUCUCUCUAAACAUACACAACACUAAAUUAAAGUGAGAGCACUGCUUCUGGCAUGAACUUACAGGUUCAUGGGAUUUUCAUGCGCGGAUCAUUUCAUUCUUGAUGAAAAGGAGGGAGAUGAGAAUGGGAGCAGUGCAAUAACUCAACAAGGUCAAGGAAGGGCCUUCAUAAUGGAAGUGCAUCAUCAUCAUCAGCAUAGUAAUAAUGACAACAACACAGAUUUCUUUCCAGUGGAACACCCCAUGGAGCCUACAGAUGAAGAUCGUCCAGUCAAAUGCCCAAUGCCCGAGUCAUCCGUUAUCAAUAACAACGAUGGUGGCGUGCAUGAUAAAAGACAUGCAGAAAGCUUAAGGAAGAGAGUAGAGAUAUCUGAAGCCACAGUGGAAGGAGGAAGAGUGGCUACCAUGGAUACAGAGCCUCGUGCUCGAGGAGUCCGAAAGAGGCACCACACCCUCACACAUGGAGGAGACCUUGUAAUGACUCCAUUAAUCAGAAUGCCAACACCUCCUCCCCUCCCCUCACACCAGAAUAUUGCCAUCUUUGAAAUGCUUCAGCAGUUGGACAAAUUUGAGCCUUAAUUUUUUUUUUAUAAAUUUUAAGGGAAGAUAGAAAGAGGAAGUUCCAUCACAACAUUCUAUGUAAUCAUAAUGCAUUUUGAUUUCAUGUUGGUUUAGCACAUCUUCAAUCAAAUAGAACAAGAGGAGAAGCAUAGUUACCGCAUACUACUCAUUAUA